CCGGCGACCCUUGGGAGCACCGCUGUCCCUACUGAGAGCAGUGCUCGGUGCAACAUUCUAUCCAUUGUAUUGUUUUGCUGCUUUUUUUUGUCACAUUCCGCAGGACGUUUAAUUACACACUGUGCAGCAUGGGUGAUGAGCAGGAAAUUAUGUGUAAAUUGGAGAGCAUUAAAGAAAUCAGGAACAAGACCCUACAGAUGGAGAAGAUAAAGGCUCGUUUAAAAGCAGAGUUUGAGUCAUUGGAGUCAGAAGAAAGGCACCUGAAGGAAUACAAGCAAGAAAUGGACCUCUUACUUCAGGAAAAGAUGGCUCAUGUUGAAGAGUUAAGACUGAUCCAUGCUGAUAUAAAUGUGAUGGAAAAUACCAUCAAACAGUCUGAAAAUGACCUGAACAAACUUCUGGAGUCCACACGGCGACUGCAUGAGGAGUACAAACCCCUGAAAGAUCACGUGGAUGCAUUGAGGAUGACACUAGGACUACAGAGGCUACCAGACCUCUCUGAAGAAGAGGAGAAACUUUCUCUAGACUACUUUGAGAAACAGAAAGCAGAGUGGCAGACAGAACCCCAGGAACCACCUAUUCCAGAAUCUCUGGCAGCGGCUGCAGCUGCAGCUCAACAGUUACAAGUUGCCAGAAAGCAGGACACCAGACAAACCGCCACAUUCCGUCAGCAGCCACCACCCAUGAAGGCCUGUUUGUCUUGUCACCAACAGAUCCACCGCAAUGCACCCAUCUGCCCUCUCUGCAAAGCUAAGAGCAGAUCCCGAAAUCCAAAGAAGCCGAAAAGGAAGCAGGAUGAAUAGAUACUAUCUUUCCCCUCAUAUCCUGAGAUACCCCUGCCCUCCUGACCCUCUUUCUAAGUAACAAAUUGUAACUGUGCUCACCCCAAAUUUUGUGCAAUUUUGAACUGAACGUGUGUUGUUUUUAUUUUCUAUUUAAUGUGAUGUAAGCACAAUGAGGCUCUACUUAAUUACGGGGGCUCAGUUGCAGUGAAAAGCAGUCCCGGGCUGCAAAGUAGGGCCCAAGAAAUUGCAGGUGCUUUGGGCUGCAACUACGCCCCAAUUGUACAUUGCCAGUGUUUGUCUUACGGUUUGCUUUUAAAAAAUAGGAAUCAUUUGGUGCUAUUUCUAUGUUUUUCCUCUGAACAAAGUCUAUUAAUAAUCUAAAUGGAAAGAAAGACAGAUGAAUAUCCUGAAACAUUACUGGAUGUCAGAGAUCCCGAUCACCUGCCUUUCACAACCAGAAAGGUCCAUAAAAUAAAACCGAUAACAUUCAUAUAAAA